AAGAGGCAAUAGCACCAUAGUUUAGACUUCAGAUAGUAUAUUACAAGUAUGACCUGUUGUCGUUCAAUUCCUGAGUAAAGAAACAACAAAAUAUAUGUUGUAUGGCAAACGUUUCACUUCCGGAAAUAUUUACUGUUCUUUAUAUAAACAUGAAUGCUGGUUGUGAUACUGGCAAAAAUUCAGAAAUAAUUAGGAUCGGUUCAAGAAAUAGUCAGCUGGCUCUCAUUCAAACAAAUGCUGUAGUAAAUCAAUUGAAAGCUCUCUAUCCAGCAAAAACCAUAACAGUUACACCAAUGUCAACAACAGGAGACAAAAUUCUGGAAAAAGCUCUUUCUAAGAUUGGGGAAAAAAGCUUGUUUACUAAGGAGCUUGAAGUGGCUUUAGCAGACAAUGUUGUUGACCUGGUAGUUCAUUCUUUGAAAGAUUUACCUACAACUCUUCCUCCCGGAAUGGUUAUAGGAGCUAUUUGCAAGUAA